AUGAUAUUUAUUCUUUACUUUGGUCAGGUAUUGGCUUCUCGUGAUGGAACAUUAAGGCGAGAAGAUGAGCUGAUCUCCUUUUACAUCCGAAAGGUGGUUGUCCUGAAUAUUAAGACUGUAGAAAUUAUUUUCAGACCCAGAUUUACAGAACCAGUUGAUCUGAACUGGGCCACAUCAAACGAUGCUGGAGACUGCAUUGUCAAGAAAUCGGUGAAUGACGGGAUGAAAGAGACAGGGGGAUACAGUCACGUGAUCACAGGAAGAAACUCUAAAACCACCGAAGUCAAGGGCGAUAAUGAAAAACACGACAGGAACAACAACCAGCGUCGGAAACAGACCAAGGGGCCGACUACAAACUGGUCUCCAAUUCAAUCUGUUCCUGCAGCUAUACAGGAGGGCAAUAACAGUGAAACAAAAGGACAAGAAAAGGUGAAGGCCCGAGCGGCAAGACGAAGACAGAGAUUGAAGAUUUCUUUACUGAUCCCGUGGUAA